UUAUCCACCGCUAGCGCUGCUAUCGCCGCCCAUCACCUUCUGUUUGCUAAGGGGCUAUCUGUACGAGAAAGUAGGUGUAAUGGGUAGUUGCGCACACAGACAUUAGCGAAAUAACGCGCGUGGGAAGAUAUCCGCCUCCUGAACGCCUCAACCAUGUUUGGCCGGUCGCGGGGCUGGGUUGGUGGACAGGGGAAAACGAAAAACAUCCACUCCUUGGACCAUUUAAAGCACGUGUACAAUGUCUUGACUAAGAACACCACAGUGACCGACCACAACCGAAACCUGCUGGUGGAGACCAUCCGCUCUAUUACAGAGAUCCUCAUCUGGGGUGACCAGAAUGACAGUUCUGUGUUUGACUUCUUCCUGGAGAAGAAUAUGUUUGCUUUCUUCCUAAACAUCUUGCGUCAGAAGUCAGGACGUUAUGUGUGUGUCCAGCUCCUCCAGACCCUCAACAUACUUUUUGAGAACAUCAGCCACGAGACCUCUUUAUAUUACCUCUUGUCAAACAACCACGUGAACUCCAUCAUUGUCCACAAAUUUGACUUCUCAGAUGAGGAAAUCAUGGCCUAUUAUAUCUCUUUUCUCAAGACCCUGUCACUGAAACUCAACAAUCAUACCGUGCACUUCUUCUACAAUGAGCACACUAAUGACUUUGCCCUGUACACCGAGGCCAUUAAGUUUUUCAACCACCCUGAAAGCAUGGUCCGCAUCGCAGUUCGCACCAUCACACUCAACGUCUAUAAAGUGGACAACCAGCACAUGCUGCACUACAUCCGAGACAAAACCGCAGUCCCGUAUUUCAGCAACCUGGUUUGGUUCAUUGGCAGCCACGUCAUAGAACUGGACAAGUGUGUGCAGACAGAUGAGGAACACAAGAACAGAGGGAAAUUAAGUGACCUGGUAGCAGAGCACCUCGACCACCUCCACUACCUGAAUGAUAUUCUCAUCAUCAACUGUGAAUUCCUUAACGAUGUUUUGACCGACCACCUCCUCAACCGUCUGUUCCUGCCCCUCUAUGUCUACUCCUUGGUUACCCCAGAGACGUCUGAAGAUCGAAAGAUCAACCCCCAGGUCUCCCUCUAUCUGCUGUCUCAAGUCUUUCUUAUCAUACACUAUCGGCCGCUGGUCAGCGCCCUGGCAGACGUGAUUCUAAAUGGAGACUUGUCUGUCUUCACCCCGCAAACAGACCUACACAAGAUCACGGCCUCUGCGGGGGGCGUGCGUCGCUUCACUAAGCCCCCGGAGUCUCUGGAGCGCUCGUUGGAGCUGUCCCGUCACAGAGGCCGCAAGAGAACCCAGAAGAGGCCAAACUACAAGAACCUGGGCGAGGACGAGGAUGAGGACAGGGCCGGAGGAGGGGCAGGAAGUGGCGGCGGAGGAGGAGUGCAGGAGGGCUGGGACGACGACGGGAGAGGAGGAGAAAGGGAGGGCGGCCGAGAAAGAGAGAAGGGAAAAGGUACAGAGGGAGGAGGAGGAGGUGGGAGUUCUAAGGCAAGCAAAGCGAGUGGUGAGACAGCGGAAGAGAUAGAGAUGGUGGUGAUGGAGAAGUGCAAAGUGCCGGAACUCACCGAGCAGAACAUCACGGAUGAGGAAAAGACCGCUGCCGCCACGCGCACACACGCGCAGAGGAGCAGGCCAUUCUUGGACAUGGUGUACAGUGCCCUGGACUGUAGCAACGAUGACUACCAUGCCCUGUUUGUCCUCUGUCUUCUUUAUGCUGUUUCACACAGCCAAGGUAUAAACCGUGACCUUCUGGAACGGCUGCAGCUGCCGGUUCCCGAACAGGAGAGGAGUUCCUACAGUUUGGUGCUGGUGGAGAGGCUAAUCCGAGUUAUGAGCCAAGCAGCGCAGCCAGACGGUAGAGUGCGUCUGGCAACACUGGAGCUCAGCUGCCUUUUACUGAAACAGUCAGUGCUGUCUGGAAACCAGUGUAUAAUUAAAGAUGUUCAUCUGGCCUGCCUGGAGGGUGCAAGAGAAGAAAGUCUGCAUCUGCUGCGGAGGUUUUAUAAGGGCGAGGAGAUUUUUCUGGACAUGUUUGAGGACGAGUACAGGAGCAUGACGAGCAAACCGCUGAAUGUCGAGUACCUCAUGAUGGACGCCUCGGUGUUGCUGCCGCCCACCGGCACCCCGCUGACCGGCAUCGACUUCGUGAAGAGGCUGCCGUGUGGCGACGUGGAGAAGACGCGCCGGGCAAUCCGCGUGUUCUUCAUGCUGCGGGCGCUAUCGCUUCAGCUGCAGGGAGAACCUGAGACGCAGCUGCCUCUCACCCGACCUGAAGACCUUAUCAAGACCGAUGACGUCUUAGAUCUCAACAACAGCGACCUCAUAGCGUGUAUGGUGGUCAGUAAAGAUGGCGGCCAGGCCCAGCGGUUCCUCGCCGUGGACGUCUACCAGAUGAGUCUGGUUGAACCGGAGAGCAAGCGCCUGGGAUGGGGCGUGGUCAAGUUUGCCGGCCUCUUGCAAGACAUGCAGGUGUCCGGCGUGGAGGACGACAGCAGAGCGCUGAACAUCGUCAUCCAUAAGCCCAGCUCCAACCCGCACGCCAAGCCCCUGCCCAUCCUCCAGGCCAACUUCAUCUUCGCAGACCACAUCCGCUGCAUAAUCGCUAAGCAGAGGCUGGCCAAAGGCCGCAUCCAGGCCCGGCGCAUGAAGAUGCAAAGGAUAGCAGCUCUGUUGGACCUGCCGGUGCAGCCCGGUGCUUCAGAGGUUCUGGGCUUCGGUCAGACAGCCAACGCGUCACCCAGCGGCCUGCCUUUCCGAUUCUACGAGCAGUCGAGGAGGGCCCCCAACGACCCCACAGCAAACAGAUCGGUCUUCGCCUCGGUGGAUAAAGUACCAGGUUUUGCAGUGGCUCACUGCGUGUCUCAGCACAGUCCCUCACCCCUCUCCUCCCCCUCGCCUCCCUCUAGUGGGAGUGGGAGCACGGGAAGAUGCGACUCGGUUACUGCCAGCACAAUAUCGGCUCAGAGCCCCACAGAUGACGGCACAUUUCUGGAGCACGCUCCACCCUCCUCCUCAGGCGUGGACGGUGACGGAGGGGGGGGGGGCGCAGCGCUGGCCCCCUCCGCUCCCUCGACCCCGGUCCUGGCUCCGAGCCUCACCCCGGCCUCCCAGCCCACCAUCUCCCUCCUCACAGACAACCACACGGACGCCCUCAGCGUGGAGUCGCUCACGCUGCUGCCGCCCGCGGACCCGCCACACAUGCACCCGUGCGCCAGCUACGUUCCCGCGACGCACUGCCUCCAGAGACCCGACGCUUCUAUCACAGAGGAGGACGAGAAAGCAGAGCGAGGAGACGAGGAGCCGCAGGAGGAGGACAGCUUGACGAUGGAUGAAACGGAGACGGACGCGACGGUGAAAGAAGAAAACACAACAAUGGAGUUGAUCACGCCCACUGAAGAGGGACCAGAGAUGGCGGAAGGAAACGAGCAAGAAGGCGACGGAGACGCGGCUGCUGGUGCAGACGAGCAGGGAGGAGACAGCUUAACAGCUGGGGAAUCUGCGGAGGCAGAAGAUGCUGAGCAACACCCUGGAGAAACACUGGACUCACCUGAACUGGACUGAAGCAUCGUAGCCGGACAAUCCAGCUGCAGCGUGUGACGUGUGAUGUGAGAUGGUCCCAGGGUUCUCUGAGGCAUCGCAGCAUUUGUAUUAGUGAAGAAAGAACAAGGAGACGUACGCUCGGGCUCAACCGGGGCUCAAAGCACAUUAGAUUCCCGUGCACUGGAGCGUGUCCAGUCAUGUGUAUGCAAGUGUUUUUAGCACGUGUGUGAGUGUGCGCUACCAGCAACGUUUUCUACUCAUUCUGAUGGAUCGUUUUUUCCGACCCCACGCUGCUGCUGUGAGCGUCAGGUUCUGAUCCCCCUCCCAGAUCCCAGUCGGGCUAAAGCAUCAGCUUCAGGUGGGAAACGCGCUGGACCGAAUGUAUCGGCCGCCGCCUCCUCAGGCGCUGACCUGAGCUCAGUUCAGUGUGUGCUCAGCAUUUGGCCCGGGUUCAGACAUAUUCAAAAAGAAUCAUAUAAUGCCGUUAACUUCCCACCAAACAAACAUCGGACAGUUCAGCUGCAAACAACCUCUCCUUCUCCUUUAACGUCCUAAAUAAAGCUUUACUACCGCAAUAAAACCUAAGAGCUAACUGAUUUGGGGAGACAUGAAUGUAACAAAGCUCCUCUCCCCCAGCAGCAGUGUUACCUGAUCACUCUGUCACACUUUCGUUUUCCCCCGUCCUCACUCUUUAAAUCUUUUUACUCUUCGCUCUUUGCUUUCCUGCUCUUUUUUGUGCCAUUAUCACACAACUCAAGUCUUAAUGCUCAGCCGUUCUUCUCUUUGAACACGUUUAUAAAUAUGGAGCAAUACUUUUUUUUUGAGUCUUUCCUCGUGAUAUUUCCAUGUUGCUACUGUAAAUAGCAGAGGAAUGACGGUCAGUGAUGCUAAAGAGGCUCCACACUAUUUUUGGAUAUGGUGAUAGCUUGAAGGCACACGUCACCAUGUUGGAAGACAAGAUGGUGGUCAUGGUAACCACUAGCAACCUGUACCAAAAUAUGCCACAACAAGCUAUUACUAAGUAUGUGAUUGUAUUAUGUGUGUGUGUGUGUGGGUGGAUGAGUGUGUGUGUGUGUGUGUAUGCGUUAUACAUUUGUAUGUUCUGUAAAUGCUUUUGGCUUUUAAACCUGUAAUUAUUGUUAAUGAACAAAAACAGAGGAUUAAGUGAAGAACUGCAAUAAAUUAUUCUACUUAACAAGAGUGAAACUUUA